AUGUGGGCUGUGCGGGUUUUCCUCAUUGUCACGGUGGGUGGCUAUCAGGAUAAGGAAAGGCAAGUGCAUCUAAGGGCUUCGGCAAAGACCUUGCCCAGCAAACAGGUGAUCUUUUUCCGGCACUGCGUCCGGUCCACCAAUCGCCAGGUGAAAGGCGUCGAUGGCUUUGGCUUUGCUGAGAACUUUACGAACCGGUCCCUGCCCAAUUGGCAGACGCCGGAGCGCUGGUGCACCGCACAAGGGGCAGAGAUGAUGGAACACACCGGCAAGUGGUUGGCACAAACCCGGUUUCCUUCCAUCACCUCCAAGACUCUUCAAAUGAUCUCAGAUGUCAUGAACCGGGACGCGACCUCUGCGAAUCAUUUGCUGCAAGGUCUGGCCAAAAAAAACGAAACCUAUGACUUCACAGUGCAGUUUCUGCCUCACCUGUUCCACUCCUUCGGACAUGGCAGAACUCUAUGUACGCCGAAUUCGAGCCUGGUGAAGAAGGAGUCCGCAGAGUUGUUGCUCUCCACCACGAUGCCUAUGGGUGUUGGACGGCUUCAUGAGCACAUGAACACCACCAGGUAUCGCGAGGCCCUCCGGACCUUGGAAACUUUCGUAGGCCGUGGCGAAGCAGGUCCCCUGGAGGACUUGCCUGUGCCUUCGGUAUCAGCAGAUGGAAGUGUGAAACUCGGUGGCGCCAGUGUCAUGAGAUUCUUCGCACAAAAUCUGAUGUACGCCUUCGCCUCAGGCAUUCCCUACACGUCGGCCACCAUGGAGCAAAGAUACUCCUACGUUGAAUGGGUUUAUUUCUACCGGAAGGUUCUAUCCCAAGUCCCUGCGAAGCUGGCAGUCCAAAGGGCCUGUGGCAUUCUCAAAGUGAUUGAUGACUUGCGAAGUCCAUUGGGACCCAAUAUGAUGUACUCGGGCCACGACGGUGAUCUUGACGCCCUGGCGUUGGCUUUUCAACUCUCCUGGGAGGCUCCGCCCUGGCCCGGCACCUCGCCGACGCCUCCGGGCUCGGCCUUGGCCUUCACAGUGCAGCCGGAGGAAGUGAAGGCGGAGUUCCUCUACCCCGUUUUCAAUGGCAGCGCAGCGAUCGACUUGCGCAGCAUGGCCACGAGCCCGGCCAAAGUGGAUCUCGCGGCAGUGGAGGAGCGCGUGAAGAAACUGAUCCGCCUCUAUGCAGGCCAAUCCUGCAUCGAUGCCUGCCAGGGUGCCUUGGCUCCGAGCGAUGACUGGUGCGACCUCCCAGCAGAUCUGGUUCACUACCUGGAUCCAUGGGAGGAGGCGGCGCCGUCAGAGGGCCCUUGGCGCACCCUCGAGCUGGUAGCAUGCCUGCGGCUCCUUCAAAAGGCAUUGAGACAGGUCUGUGAGGCGCUGCGGCAGCAGCCGGCCUUGCAACAUGUCCUGGUGGGAGUUCACAGCUCGCAACGCUGGGAGGACGCCCUGCGCUCCUGGGACUCAGAGCAACAGCGCCUUUUAGGAGGCUGGAUGCCUCCCAAAUGUCGCAGUCACGCGGGGCGUUUACCCAGCGAGAUGCUGCACGGAGUGUCUGAACACUUCUCCCUGCUUGCACAGCGGGGCCGAAAGAACCCCAGGCGCUGGGUUUACAACUUCCAGAGCACAUGGCGUAUUGCUCUGAAGUUCCUGGAGUUUUUGCAGGUUUUGGCACUGGAUGGAUUUGGCACCAUGUCAGAUCUGGCUUAUUGGUUACAUCGUCGGAGCUACCGUGAGGGUGCCCUCACGGAGCAAGAGAUCUGGACUGCAGUGGCCAAAGAGCCACCGAUUUUCAGGAUCGCGGGGGUCAACGUCACGGCGCCGUUGCGCCACGACGUGGCAGCCCCCAGUGUGGUGGAUGCCGCAGCGCGCGGCCGUGUGCCUGGGCAGGAGCCCUUUCGGAUGGUGGAAGUGGGCGUCUUUCAAGGCAAUUUGUCGAAACAUGUUUGGCAGCGAAGCGCCACAUUACCAGGAGCCUUUGAGAUGCAUUUGGUCGACCACUGGGGCACGCCUGAAGUGCCCAUGUCACAACGUGGCAAGGCCGAUCCUGACCCCAGCGGAACUGGCUCCAACAUGGCGGGGCAGAGCAACGACACGGCGCUGCUGCAGCUGUGGCAACACUUCGGACGCCACGGCGCACGUCGCUUCGAAGUGCCCCAUUGGGGAUCCAGGGCCUGCUCUUUGGCGUUCGAAGCUGCUAAGCGUGGCUCUGACCUCUUCGUACACCGCAGUGCCAGCGUGGCGCCUGCCAGGUGCUUUCCCGAUGGCAGCCUGGAUUUGGUCUACAUAGAUGCGGAUCAUAAAUGGUGGAGCGUGCUGCAGGACCUAACAACCUGGUGGCCCAAGAUCAAACCCGGUGGCCUCAUGAUGGGACAUGACUUUCAUUUCAAUCCCCUGAUGGAGCGGGCAUCCCUGGGCACGGGCGAUGUGAACGACGUGCCCCUGGCAGUGGGCGCCUUCUUCCGUUGGCCCACCAUGGUCUCGUUGCACUCCGGGUUCGUGUGGUCGACGCAGAAACCCCUAGAUGCCAUGGCCAACGCCACCGAGACGCGACUCCGACAGCAGGAUUUGUGCGAUUUGCUGCGGAGGAAGCUUCAACCUCAUUGGGAAUUUGAAAUCUGCGGAUCCACCCAACCAAAAUAG